AUGUAAGUUUUGUGAUAAUAGCUUUUCUAUUUACAUUUGGUUUAUUGGUUGGAUUUGUUUUUAUUAAUUAUAGAGAAGAUUUUAGUAAUUAUGAUUAUUAGGAGUUAACAUAUUAAAUAUUUACAAGAUUCAAUAGCAUAGUUGCUAUAAUAUUUAGUCUAUUUGGUUGUUUCUUUAUCAAUUACUUUUUACAUGAUUUUAUAAAAUUGACUUAUUUUCCAAAUGCAUAUUAAUAGUUUGCAUUUUAAAAUAAAAGUGGUCAAGAGUGGGAAUAAAUAUCUAACAAAGAGAUUUUAUACUAAUGUGUUGAUCAACAUGUGUAAAUAUUAAUAAUUAAACAAUAGUAAUGUUUCAUCAAUUAUUCAAAAGGUGUUCAUAGAUUGUUCAGCUACUUCUCCUUAUAUUUAAGAAAUGUUAAACCCUGGGGAUACGAAAGUGACAGAAAUGAAAUUGAAACCUCUAACACUUGAAAUGAAAGAAUUAGUUUUAGAGUAAAAGUUCUUGGCUCAUAAAUUAAGUUAAUCAUUAAAACAUUUGAGAUUAUUCUUAUGCAUCUUGUUAUUAUACUAUAUUGCAUAUUGUUUGACAGAUUUCUUUUUGAAUGAUUAAAAAGUGUUUACAGGAGCAUACUAUUUGCUUGUGUUUGGAAUAAUGUUCAUUAUAAUACUAUUUUCUUGUAGUUAGAAAAUGGAAGAUUAAUAUUAUACAUAUUCACAUAUAAUUGUACUGAUAAUAUUUGCUAUAAAAGUGGCAAUAGAUUGGUUAUCAGAUGAAUUAACAAUAACAUUAUCUGCAACUAUAGUGAUAUUAUUUAGUACAUUUAAUUCAAUGAAUAUGAGUGUGAUACCAAUAAUUUUAUACAACAUAUGCUAUUUGAUUUAAUUGAUCGUAAGAAUAUUGAUAAUUGUUAUUUCAACAGAUUUGAGCACUUCAAAUGGAACCUAUACUUAGAGUAGAAUAUCUAUAUAUGCAGCUAGUACUCAAAUUUUAUUGGUUGUUAGUAUUACGAUAAGAUUUUUAUUCAGUUAUUAUAAAUCUAUAAAACAUAGAAGAAAUGAUUAUUUAGCAAAGUAUUCCAUAGAAUAAGAUAAUGUAGCAGCUUAGGAUAUAUUGAGUAUUUUAGUACCUCGAUUUGUAAGACAAUAAAUAUCUACAGGAAUAUAUUCAAUGUAAUAAGCUUAGGAUGAUGUUUCUAUUUUGUUUGCUUAUAUAUGUGAUUUUGAUACAAUAAUGAAAGAGGAAGGUAAAAAUGUAGUAUUAAUGUUGGAUUCAUUAUUUAGAUUAUAUGAUAAUUUAUGUAUUUAACAUGGAGUAUAAAAAAUUGAAACUGUUGGAUAUACUUAUAUGGCAGCAACAGGAAUUAAAGCAUGUGAAUAAAAUAUGACUGCUCAUGUUACAAGGAUAGAAAAAACUAUGAGAUUAGUUAAUAUGGCUUUUGAUAUGAUGUAAUAAGUAUAAGGAAGAAAAUAUGGAAAAGGUAAUUAAAUAGAAAUGAAAAUUGGAAUUCAUGUUGGACGUGUAAUUGCAGGUGUUAUUGGUCAUCAUAAACCUUAAUUUUCAUUGAUUGGAGAUCCUGUUAAUCAAACUAGUCGUGUUGGUUCUACAGGAGAUACUGGAGCAAUUACACUUAGUGAAUAAGCUUUUAAAUAGGCUAGACAUGGAAUCAAAUAUUAUCAAAAGAAAUAGAAGGAAGCUAAGGGUUUAGGAAUUAUAGAUACCUAUCAGGUUUUUAAAACUAAACCCCCAGGAUAUUAAAUACCAAAAGCAUUUCAAUUAUGGUAGAAUUGUACAAAGGUUGUUGUUAAAGAUUUGAGAUAACAUAGAAGCUCACGUUAAAUAUAACCGAAAAAGAAAGGCUAAUUCUUAACCUAACUUUAGCAUUCCAUUUAUCAAGAUAACAAUAUGAAAUAAUCCAAUAAACUUGAAAUCUCACCUAGAGGCCCUUAGACUAUUCAAUUUUUAUUACCUUAAGGCUCUGCUUAAGAAGAAAAUAGAUCUAGAUUAACUAUUCCAUAAUAAUAAUCAGAAUAAAAUAUAACUGAAGAAUCAGUUUUAAUAACUAAUGAACAAGAAGAAAAGGAACUUGAGUUAAUUAAACCAAAUGUUAUUUUAGAUAUACCAGAAAAUGAAAUAAAAUAAAAUUUCAAUUAAAUUCUUAAAGAGUAAAAUGUAGAUGAAUCUAGAGUGGGUAUGAUAUUUUUGUGGAUCACUUACUUCGUAAUUACACUAUUAUCAAUAAUCGUUCGUAAAUUAUUCGAAAAUGAUAUGUUGAUUUUUGUAUUGAGAGUAUAUAAUUUAAUUAUGAUUAGGCUAUCUUCCUAAUAGUAUCAUUUGUUCUAUUUCCUAUUCUAUCAAAAGCUUAUAGAAAUCGAGUAGUAAAUGCAAUGUAUUACAUUUUACUAAUAUAUGCAAUCUUCACAGUACUAUAUUAAGCAUAUUUAACGGAUAAUCAUGAAGUAGCUAUAAUUUGUCUAUUGGAAAUUUUAUACAUAAUGAUUGUGUCAUGUUAGAUGAAAAUGUUUUCAUUUUUGUAAGUUAUACUUUACAUGAUAAUAAUGUUAGGAUUAUUCUUAGGUUUUUAUAUUUCAACAGAUUUGAUUACACAUUAUGCAAUAUUUUAUAUAUGUUGUUGUAUGUUGAUACUAUUGUUAGGAUAUUAUCUUGCAAUGAGUGAAUAAAUUUAAAUGUUUAAUAACCUUUAAAUCAAUGAAGAAAAGAAAGUGAAAUAAAUAAAUUUAGUGAGUUAAUUGUUACCAAUGCAUUCUUAUUUAAAAAUGAAGAAUAGUUCAAUAUAUGAUAAAAGUGAUUUCAUAGAUGAAUUUGAUGAUGUUACUCUAUUAUUUGCUGACAUAAAGGGUUUUACUGAAUACUCACAUACACAAAGUCCUGAAGGUGUAGUUACAAUGUUGAGAAAUCUCUUCACUGAAUUUGAUAAACUUUGUUAAAGAUACAAUGUUUAUAAAAUGUACACAAUUGGAGAUUGCUAUGUUGUCAUGGGUUUUACAAAUAGUGCUAAAAGAAAUGUAUUAUUUCUUAUAAUUAAAAUAUUAGCCUAUUCAAGAAGCAAUAAAUACUGUAAAAAUGGGAUUCUAAAUGGUUGACAUUAUAAUGUCUGUAAGAUAGAAAAUUAAGUUUGAUAAAUUGAAUAUGAGAAUUGGUAUUCAUACUGGAUAAGUUACUGGAGGUAUCAUAGGAACUGAUAUUGUGAGAUAUGAUAUCUAUGGAAAAGAUGUUUCUAUUGCUAAUAAAAUGGAAAGUAGCGGAGUUGAAGGAAGAGUCUAAGUAUCAGAAACCACUAAAUUUAUGAUUGAACGAGCUGAAAAACAUGCUUUCAACUUUAAAUUCCAUCAUGUAAAUUAUUUUUAUAUCUAUCCUAGGAUGUUGAAUUAAAUAAAUUUAAUAUGAAUAUCAAAGGAUUUCUUGUAGAAUGGGAUAAAAGAAGAGAAGAAGCUAGUCUAGAUCAAUAAAAAUCGCCAAGUCGCCAUUAAUGA